AGGAAUAUCCCUUCCUAGCAUCAUGGUGUUCGCACGUUCGGCAUUACUAUCGACGGUCCUAUUAUAUGUGAUAGCCUCCCAACGCACCCUGUUGAGACUAUCCCAUCGCGGAAACUCACUCGAUGUUCGUCUUCUACCGGAUAUGGUUGCGCAGGCAUUGACCGCAUCUGAUGGAAGGAAACGUUUCCUCAGCCAAGACGACCUCGAGUGUGAACGAUGCUUCACGCAGGAUGGUAUGGUCUAUGACUUGAAGGCAAUAGGGGUCCAGAUUGUAGAGUCGACAUGCUCAGUUGGUCACAACAGUAUUCUGAACUACUUGAAAAAGGCCGCAGAUGUGCUGGGCAUCGAAUUCGAUUGCGAGCCCGAUGUGAAGAUCAUCCUGGAUCCUAUGCCCAGUAUGGUUCAAGCCUCAGCUACUUGUACUGGUGGCAAUCCUGUUCUCGGCACCAACGACCCCGGCUCUUCUUGUCAGCGUUAUCUCGAAGUCAUUCACUUGGGAGCUGCCUGGCGAGCGGCUCGUUGUGCCAAGUUGAAGUUGAAAGAUGUUGUGCUGGCCGUCAUUGACACGGGGGUUGAUACGACUCAUCCUGAUCUGGUCAAUCAGUUCUGGAGAAAUCCAGCUGACGGGUCUAUUGGAUUCAACUUCGCCAAGAACAAUACCAAUGUGACUGAUGUCCUUCGCCAUGGUACCCACUGCGCUGGCAGUGCGGUCGCCCAGACUAAUAACUGCAUUGGCAUUGCAGGAGUGGCUAACAUUGAAGGCCCACCGCCGAAGGUUAAGCUGAUGGUAUUGAAGAUCUUCGACGAUUCCGGUGUUGGCCUUUUGAGUUAUUCGCUGAGGGCCCUCAACUUCGCAGUUGAAAAUGGUGCAACAGUAUCCUCUCAUUCUUACCGCUGGUAUAACACAAGUGAGCUCCAGAAGGCUGCAUACAAGAACGCCGCUGCUGCUGGACAUAUUGCUGUUGCUGCUGCUGGCAAUGAAGCACUUGAUCUAGAGAAGAACCGAACUUAUCCUUGCUGCCUUGCAGAGGACAUCCCAUCCAUGCUUUGUGUGGCUGCCA